CACGCACGGCCACACAUUAUGAAGGAACUAACGUGGUUUUGUAAGCAGGCGGCUCCAAUCAGGUUUAAAAUCUGUGUGUGCGCGGAGGUCUGUGUGCGGUGCCACGUCUGUUCCUCGGCCCCUGAUUCUAUCGAACAUGUGACUGACUUAGACGCUCACAUGGCCGCCGCGGCUGCAUGAUCCGCUUUACUUUGCUAAAAGUCCGGUGAUCGGUAGCUCCCCAUCGCCAGCGACCACACGGAGCAGAGGACCGCCGCACAGCACAGCGCCUACGCGGACAACAUCAUGGCGAACAGCGGGCAGAAAGUUGUGCUGAUCACCGGCUGCUCCUCGGGCAUCGGCUUACGGAUCGCCGUCACGCUGGCCAGAGAUGAGAAGAAGCGGUACCAUGUUAUCGCCACCAUGCGCGACCUGAGGAAGAAGGACAAGCUGCUGGAGGCAGCAGGAGACGUGUAUGGCAAGACCUUGAUGUUGCUUCCACUGGACGUGUGCAGUGACGAGUCGGUCAAGCAGUGCAUCAGCAAUGUUCAGGACCGCCACAUUGAUAUCCUGAUCAGCAAUGCAGGCGUGGGCAUUCUCGGACCCGUGGAGAGCAUCAGCAUCGACGAGAUGAAAAGGGUGUUCGAGACCAACUUCUUCGGUGUGGUCCGCCUGAUUAAAGAGGUGAUGCCCGACAUGAAGAAGAGGCGUUCGGGACACAUCGUGGUCAUGAGCAGCGUCAUGGGUCUGCAAGGAGUGGUGUUCAAUGAUGUUUACACAGCCUCAAAGUUCGCCAUCGAGGGAUUCUGUGAGAGUAUGGCCGUGCAGCUGAUGAAGUUCAAUAUCCGGUUGUCCAUGAUCGAGCCCGGCCCGGUGCACACUGAGUUUGAGACAAAGAUGAUGGAGGAUGUGGCCAAGAUGGAGUAUCCAGGAGUAGAUGCUGACACAAUUCGUUAUUUUAAAGAUGUUUACCUCCCAUCGUCCAUAGAUAUUUUUGAAGCCAUGGGCCAGACACCGGAGGACAUAGCCAAAUGCACUAAAAAGGUUAUUGAGUCGAGCAACCCGCGCUUCAGGAAUCUGACCAACAGCCUCUACACACCGAUUAUUGCCUUAAAGUAUGCGGACGAGACUGGCGGCCUGUCUGUCAACACCUUCUACAACCUUCUCUUCAAUUUCGGCCCUCUCAUGCACAUAGCCAUGAGCAUCCUCAAGUGCCUGACGUGCAGCUGCCUGCGUAGACGCACAAUCUCGCCAAACUGAAGUGGGUGUGCGAAUCUUGUCCCUGACCCUUACCCUCCUCCCAGUUUGUCCACCCCCGUCAAUUCCUCUGUGCCUUUUCCCCCCUGUGAGGUUUUGGGUGACGCAGGUAGACCAGAGCCAGUAGCCUGGAGCCAGGAGGCGCCUUUCUGUUCUCAGCCACCUCCACGAUAAGCUUUGCCCGGACAACUUGCACAAUUGCACAAGUCCGUCAGAGAGAUGCAGGAUGACCUCGCAUAUUCUCACAGAAACACAAGAGUACAAACGCACACACGCACACCAGAUUAUUGUACAUACAUUUUAGAAAAAGAUAAAUGGCUAUAGAUAGGUGGAUAUAGAUGUCUAUUUCAUUUGAAAGAGAACCUACAUACAGGACGUGAGAUACAAGUCCCGUGGACAGACAGCAAAGCACAAAAAUGAACAGAGAGAAACACUAGAAUCUGAAUAGAGAUGAUAAUGCUAUAAUUUGUAGCCUAGAUAAUCUGAUACUCAGGCUAACUAGAGUUAUAACAUGUGAGACAGAGUCAAGAAGAAGAUAUCCACUUUUAUUGUGUUGUGCCUUUAAUUUCAUGUUCGCUUAAAUAGUGUUCUCAUGGUCAUAACUGCUGUUGAAUCAUGUUUUUCAACUUCUUUUGAUAAACUGAAUGUGUUUAUAAAGGUUUGUGAAGGGGCGGGUCAGCUAUUUUUAAUCCAGCAACUUGAUUUAGAAAUAAACUGAAUUAUGAUUUACUCUCAAA